AUGCUAGUCUCGCCGGUCUCACACGAAAGGUACGACGGGCCAUACGCGCUCUGCCAAACGGAAAUUUUCUGGAGUGAACGAUAUGCGUUUCUUGCGAGCGUAGGUUACCAACUGCGCGUGCGCUACCGUCCGGACUGGUUCCCGUCGUGGCUGGCCACCGGGAAGGACCCUGAGGACUGCGAGGAUUCUGCCUGCAACUCUGAGGUGAACGCUAUGGAUGCCACUGGACAGGACGGCCAACGCGUGACGAUCAGGGUCGUGGAACGAGGUAAGACCGAGCAAGUGAUGGAGCACCUCGAGAAGCGCGACCAGGUCUCGGGCUCUGAGGACCGCUACUGCGUUCCGUUCCUGGACUUUCUGCACGAUCCGUUUCUUGUCGACUAUGACCUGAUGAUCACGCCGUAUCUCCGUCCUUUCAACGAUCCGGGGCUCACCAACACGAGUCACGUAGUCGACUUUGUGCUGCAAACGCUUCGGGCCCUGGCUUUCCUGCAUGCCAACCAAGUGGCGCAUCGAAACAUACAGGCCAGAAACAUCAUGAUGGACGCCUCCUCUCUCUACCCAAUGGGGCACCACCCCAUUCGGCUCAACAGCGCGCGGGACGGCACCACCAGCGCCGUCCUCAUGAACCGCAUCCGGCGGCCCGUCCGGUACUACCUCGUCGACUUCUCCCGCGCCACGCAAUUCGAGCCCGGCGAGUACCCAUUCGUGGUUUACAAGAGAGGGCAGGACUGGCGCCUCCCGGAGCGCACGAUGCCCCCGCGGCGCAUGCACAUCGACGCGUUCAAGGUGGACGUAUACCACCUCGGCCGGCUGUACGAAUCCGCGUUUCUCCGCGCGGGGGAGGCGCAGUACCCCGAGGCGGGGUGGCCGCUCGCGAGCCUCGAGAUCCUCGUGGCUUCGAUGGUGCACCCCCGGCCGGAGAUGCGCCUCCCGGCGCGCGGUGCGCUGCUGAUGGCGCAGUAUGUGUUCUCGAAGGUGAAUGUGCCGCCGUGCACGGGCAUAUGGAGGACGCCGCAGCCGCCUGUGAUGCAGCACCCCCGCCGCGUGGCGCUCUCCGCCGCGGUGAUCAUGACUGACUAUCUCGUCACCGAGCUGGAAAAGCUGGCGUCUGAACCAGGUGCGUUGGAGUUACAACAGCCAGUCCUCGAUGUCUGUCCGCCCGACUUCUUCGCGUCAUCGUUUUCGUAUUGGAGCGCGUUGGCGGCGGCCUGCAUCGUCGGCGACAAGUGUUCCAAUUCCUUCGACGUUCUUUCACGAUCCUAA